AUGGAACCAGUCAUGAGUGCCUUUGACUUGGAUUUCUCAUUUGGAAGGUCAGGCCAUGUCAGGACUCAGUCAGAGUUCAACCUUGCACUCGAUCAAGUACAAAUAAAACAGAAGCAACACUCUGCGUUUGAAGUAAACCACGAAGAAACACUACUCAAAGAAACCGCAUCCAGGGAAGCUGAUUUACUUUCACGAAUUAGCGAGUUGGAAAAUGAAAACAAACAAUCACGUUUAGCACUUGAAAGGACUAGAGCAGAGACGGAGAGACUGAUUUGUAGAAAUAAUCACUUGACUGAGAAUACAGAAACACUAGAUGUGGAAAGGAAAAAAUCAAAAGAAGAAUUACGUGAAUAUAAAUUCCGCGAAACUCGACUCUUACAAGACUACAGCGAACUUGAAGAAGAAAAUAUACAACUUCAGAAACAGGUUUCUGCCUUGAAAUCAUCCCAAGUUGAGUUUGAAGCUAUGAAACAUGAAAUCAACAGACUAAACGAAGAAAUCAUUUACAUAAACUCGCAAGUUGAAGACAUCUCCAAACUCAAAGAAAUUGCAGAAAAGCAGACUGAGGAAGCUUUAAAUGCCUUAGAACAUGAACGUGAACAAAAACAUUCACUGAAAAAAGAACUUGACAGUAGACGACUUUUAGAACUGGAGGCCUUAAAUGAAGACCUUGAGAGUAGCACUGAUAGACUGCAGCUUGACAGGGAAGAAAUGUGCAGUUCUCCUGAUCACCCAAUUUUACGACGCAUGGAACAUGAAUUCCGUGCUUCAUUGCCAAGUGAGCUGUCACCGACACCUUCAACAGUCAAUGAUUUACUAAGUGAAUUACACAUGACAGAGGUCAGUAGAUUAGAAGAACAGGUACUUGCAUUACAACAUGAAAAAUCUGAAGCAAACAGGAACUUGCAAGGAAUGCAAAAGCAAUUACACGCUGCUAAAGCAGCUCUGAAUGAGCAGAGCAAGCGAGUCAAUAAACUCUCGACAUUGCUUGAUCAGAAAGUUCUCAGUGAAUAUCAGGAGGAUGGAGGAGAUGCGGAAACUGAGGAAGAGGAUGAUGCAGACUUGGAUGUAAAUGAAAGGGAAGUGAAGAGAAUGAGAAAAGAGGUUGGGCAGCAUGAGAAGCGAUAUUUAGCGGCUGCAGCACGUGUCCAUGCUCUACAGACUGAAUUGGAGUCACUACAAGAAAAGGUCAGCCAAGAGUACUCCACCAAACUGUACAAUGAUAUGCAAGAAGAGGUCACCUUAUUAAACUCAAAUAACAAGAAGCAGAAUGAUACAAUCAAAGAAUUAGAAAUAAAAUUGAAAGAGAUGGGUGAAAUUAUGGGAGAGAGUCAAGGUAAUCUGAACUGUACUCGUGAUGAACUGAUAGGAGUUAGUGAGGAUUUAGCCCAACUUUACCAUCAUUUAUGCAUGGUUAAUGGUGAUACCCCAAACAGAGUUAUGCUGGAUCACUUCAGAGCUACACGCUUGAGUCGAAGAGAGGGUUUCCGUGCACAGAUUGCAAGCAAGCUUAAGGAUAUGACGCCAGAUGAUGCCAAUAAUAAGAGUGGUAUGAGUAAGAAAGAAAGAAAGAAUGCUGCAAGAAAUUCAAAAGAUAUUGAUACCAUGUUAGGCCCAACAACAGGCAACGAUCUUGCAGCAAGUGAACAAAAUGGAACCGCCGAUCCAAUAACCUGCUUCAAUCUACUGUCUACUGUUCGGGAUCAAAUUAAAUACUUAAAACGUGCCAUUGAACACACUGUGGAAAUCUCCAGACAACAUAGGCAUGACUGCAAUGGGUCAGCAGAGAAUGAAGACUUGCAUGAACAGGUAUUCAAGCUGAAAUCAUUGCUUUCAACAAAGCGAGAACAGAUCGCUACAUUGCGAACAGUUCUCAAGGCUAAUAAAACCACUGCGGAAGUUGCUUUAGCGAACCUGAAGAGUAAGUACGAAAAUGAGAAAUCCAUUAUUGCCGAAACAAUGAUGAAACUACGCAAUGAACUUAAAGCUUUAAAGGAAGAUGCUGCCACAUUUGCUAGCUUACGUGCAAUGUUUGCCGCCCGAUGUGAUGAAUAUGUUACCCAGCUAGAUGACAUGCAACGCUCGUUAGCAGCUGCCGAAGAGGAGAAAAAAACAUUGAACUCGCUUCUACGCAUGGCUAUACAACAAAAGUUGGCUCUGACUCAGCGUUUGGAAGAUUUAGAAUUCAGUCAUGAAAGGCAGUCUCUUGGAAGAAGUGGUUCAAGACGGAAGAAGUCAUCUAGACCUCCAGCUCAACGAAAACAUGGCCAGUUUCAUCAGGAAUAUCAUCAGCCUUCUUCCUCUAAGUGAAUUGACCUGUAAGUAUGACAAGGAGGUAGAAGCAGUCUGUGCUAGAUAUGAGCUGGCUGAGUGAAGUCCUGGUAACUGUCAUUUUCAACAAACAUGGCAUAUGAUCAUCAUCUCAUGGGAACCACACUGCAAACACACACCAUAUUUCCUCUUUUAGAAUCAUAUGUCCUUUGC